AUGGAUUUAUCCAGGGAUGGCCAAUCAAUGGCGAUCGAUUCCAUUGCUUUACCUCUGGAGCAUGAUGGGAGUGGUACGCUUGGGUGUUUUCUUGAGCUUCAAACCCCGUACUCCGGUAGUUGGCAUACCGUUGCAUUAACUUGCUGGCACGUAGUAGUCCCCCCUUUCUCUGGCCUCUCGCCCGAGGAUAAGAAGUCAAGCGUCACGGACGAUGCGGAUGUUAAUCGCCUUCUUAAUGUCGACCACCCAACCCAACGUGCCUACAGAGAACAAGUGACAACUAUGGAAGAGGCAAUCAAGACAUAUGAACAGCGGAGUAGCUACAAAUUGUUCCGCCAGCUUGAAGAUGAGGGUAUGCUUGAGAAGCUGAGUAGCCAGACACUCGAGAGCUAUGCAAAAUCCAAGUCUGAUCAGGCAAAGAGAAAAGAGGAUCUUCAGGCCCUCCGUGAUCGCUUUAAGAAUGGUUUUCAGCUGCUUGGAAAAGUCCCUGUGGCCUCUGGCUUCAAAUAUAAGAAUUGUGGCUUGAAGGAAGAUGGAAAAGAUUGUUACACGAGUCUUGACUGGGCCCUUUUUGACAGCACCCACCCCUUAGCCACAAAGUUCGCCACGCUUUCAAUUCUACAAAGUUUGGAGCUUCAUGGUGAGAAAGUUCGUAUGCAUGGAUAUCGCUCCAUGAAAACAAUUGGAACUUACAGCGGACUUCGGUGUGCUAAUAUUGAGACUGAGAUUACUGAUGGAGCCGUUACUACAAGGCCAACGCGUGAGUAUUCUGUGGCUAGUCAUGGAGAACAGCCUUUCUCUGCAACAGGCGACUCUGGAGGAAUGAUUGGUUACCCAGUGACGCCAGAGGAAGGGAAGGAAUCUUCCAUCAUUGGCAUGGUCAUCGCGGGCUUUCUGAAGGAGGGAAUAACAAUUUCUACCAGAUCGGAUAUUUUGCUUGCUGAUAUCAAAGAAGUGACCAAGGCCAAAAAUAUCAAGCUCUGGUCACCUCCUUGA